AUGAUUGAUUAUAAUAUCACAUUAAAACCUAUGUCUGGGGAUUUAGACAUAGUUAGUUUAAAUACGUUACUGGAGGAAGGAUUACAAAAUAUGAUUGAAAAUAUUAAAAAAAUUACAAAUAUCGCUGAUGGGAACAUCGUUAAUACGCAUGCCAACAAUCCGAAGUUUUUUGCACCAAUAUCUAAUGGUAAUAUGACGUCCAAUGUGUCAGGACAGAAAAUUUUAAAUAAAAUAAGUGAUAUAUUAACGUCGGAUCAAUCAGUUAACAUCAACGAUACGGUAUUCGGCUUUCAAGUUAUCAUAAUGCCUAAAGGUGGAAAACCUAAACCGACCUGGGAGUACUUGGACCUAUUUAGCAAAAACAAAAGAUGUAUAGCACAAAUUAAAAAUCAGGAUGAAUUAUGUUGCCCCCGUGCUAUUAUAGUGGGGCUAUCUUACAAGACCUCGGUUAUAUUGGGACAACACUUAAACGAUUACCAAAUCAAAAACCUGCGACUUGGUAAAUACGAUGUACAAACACGUUUGACAAAAGAACUAUGUCAACAAUUAGAAGUGAAUGACAACAGGCCGUUUACGUAUCGUGACAUAUCAAAGGUUGAAAAAUUGCUCAAAAUUCAAAUUAAAGUCGUAAACGCCGAUAAUUGUUGUGAAAUCGACUACACCGGAAAUACAAAGUUUACCUUUUGA